AUGGCAGAGAAAAAGAUGACAUUAAGUCGGAGGAAUUACCUCAAGAGCUUGCUGUUACAGAUUGGUCAAUCCAUGCUGGAUGAGGCAGUUGAACAGGCCCAAGAACAGAAGAACAGAUAUAUGGAGGAAAACUGCCCUGCUCUCUCUCUCCCUGACUGCUUGGAGGAGUUGCAGGAGCUCUGUCGAAAACUUCACAAGCAGAUUGCUCUGGUAGAUGAUGAAAGGUACGACAUGGAUAUGAAAGUGAAGACAUCUGAAAACGAGAUCAAUGACCUGAAGUUAAAGGUACAGGACCUUAACGGAAAGUUUAAAAAGCCGGCUUUGAGGAAAGUGCGAAUGUCAGCUGAUGCCAUGCUGGCUGCUUUGCUGGGUUCCAAGCACAAAGUGUCCAUGGACCUGAGAGCAAACCUGAAGCAGGUCAAGAAGGAGGUGAAGGAUGAGGAAAAACAAACUGGUGACUGGAGAAAGAAAAUUGAGGACAAAGCCGGGAUGGAUGGCAGAAAGAAGAUGUUUGAAACAGAAGCCUAA